AUGAAAGCCCUCUAUUGGAAUAUUAGAGGGAUAAAGAAGGUUGCCGCAAGGUUAGCUUUGAGCAAUAUUUUAAGGGAAAAAAGGCCUGAUUUCCUCUGCAUCGCCGAACCUAUGAUUCCCUCUGACGCCUUUCCUACGUUUCUCUUCAACAAGUUGGGUUUCGACCCUGGUUUCAUCCAUAACGAGCGAGUAGACGGUGUCUCAAAUCUAUGGCUGAUUUGGCGAAGAGGUGUAGCAAAGCCUGUUGUGCUAUCGUCUUCUGAGCAGCAAAUCUCUAGAGUGGUGUCUGACCAUGCUCCCAUUCUGGUGGUGUCUGAAGGUUCUAAAAGACCAAAAAACUGUCCUUUUCGAUUCCAGAGGUUCUGGACAGAACAUGAGGGCUUUCUAAAUGCAGUUAAGACCUCCUGGGAGAAUGACAUUUCUGGAUCGCCAAUGCUGGUUAUGGCUCAAAAAUUAAAAAGAUUGAAGGUCUUCCUGCGCUCCUGGGCAAAAGAAAAUUUUUCAAAUUUUAAUUUGGAGAUGAUGGAGGCAAAAAAAUGCAUAGAGGAGAUCCAGACUGAAAUUGACAGAGAUGGGAUAAGCAACUCUUAUGCCAAAGAAGCUGAUGCAAAGACAAGAUACCUGAAGGCCAUACAAAAUUAUGAGAAAUUGUGGGCUGAAAAAUCUCGUUCUAGAUGGAGGGAUCAAGGAGAUAGAUGCUCAAAACUUUUUCACAUCUUAGUGAAGAUACGGCGAAUGAAGAACUCCAAUAAAUCUCUAAAGAUUGUUGAUGGGACCCUGAUCUCUGAUAAAGAGCAAAUCAAGGAAUACGUCACGGGAUAUUAUGAGCAUUUUCACAAAGGCAUUCCCCUUACCAAUCACAUGGAUUUAUUGCAAUGCAUUCCAAAUGUUUUGGAAGAAUGGGAUAGAGGUCGAUUAGAUGGUAUUCCCUCUGACACUGAGAUCAAGAGUGCAGUGUGGGAUCUUGAUCCAGAUAGUGCUCCUGGUCCAGAUGGAUUUCCUGGAGCUUUUUAUAAAUCAUGUUGGGACAUCAUAUCUUCAGAUGUGUGCAAGGCUAUCAGAUGGUUUUUCAGAACAGGUUUCAUGCCUUGCGGAAUUAAUAAUAAUUUCCUGAUCUUGAUUCCUGAAAUUGAAGGAACACUAUCCCUGGAAAAAUUCAGGCCGUUGUGCAUGGGAAAUUUUUUUUGUAAAAUAAUAUCAAAGGUUCUGGCUAUGCAAUUAUCGUGUGUUCGUCCAAAAAUUAUUUCUGAGGAGCAGGGGGCCUUCCAGAAAGGGAAGAUCAUUCAUUCCAACAUAUCUCUAGCCUCGGAGCUGGCAAACAUGAUGCUUGCAUCCACAAGAGGUGGAGGUAUGGGUUUAAAAAUUGAUAUCCAUAAGGCGUUUGACACCAUCUCUUGGAAUUUUAUUUUCCAUGUUCUGAGGAGAUUUGGCUUUUCUGAAAAAUGGACCUCUUGGAUCCAUCAGAUCCUUGUUUCUGCCAGAAUAUCAAUUCUGCUAAAUGGUGGCCCUGUUGGAUACUUUGGUGUGGAGAAGGGUCUGAGACAAGAAGAUCCGAUCUCGCCAAUGCUGUUCAUAAUUGCUGAAGAGGUUCUUUGUAGAGGCUUAUCUGAGCACCUAGCCAAUAACAGCAUUAAAGCUCUAUCGGGUCCUCGUGGUGCUAUUAUCCCUACACACAUUCUAUUUGUUGAUGAUAGCUUCUCCGGCCAGAAAAUAAAUUUAGACAAAAGCAAGCUUUUCUUGGGAUCUGUUCCUGCCCCUAGAAAGCAAGCCAUUGCGGAAGAGCUUGUCAGAUGGGAUCUAUGUUGUAGGCCUAAGGAUGAAGGUGAGUUGGGGCUGCGAAGGCUCAGAGACAUAAACAAAGCCAUACUCUGUAAUAUGUUCUGGAGGGUCAAGCAUGAGAAAUCCUUAGCAUGCAAAUUCUUAAGGGUGAGAUUCCUGAGGGGUGAUGGUUCCUUCAAAAAGUCCUAUAAGCCUUCUUCGAUUUGGCCUGGAUUUAGGAAGAUGUGGGAUUUUGUGUCCUCCAAAGAAGCCUGGACGAUUGGAAAUGGGAAAAGCAUUAAUUUCUGGUUGGAUAAAUGGUUAGGCGGAAAAUCCAUGCUAGAGCUAGUUGGCCUGGAGGGAGAGUCGAGUCUUCACUGCAAGGGAAAGGUCAGUGACUUCAUUGAUAAUUUCAAAUGGAAAUUGCCAAAUGUUAUCUCCCCUUUGCUACAUGAUAUUUUUGAGAAAAUUCGAACCAUUAAAAUUCCCUCUUAUCCCUGUGAAGAUAUGUGCCUGUGGAGUCUAUCAUCUGAUGGGAUUUUCAAAUCUAACUCUACCUGGGAAGAUAUUAGGAUCCGUAACCCGAAAGUGCCAUGGUUCUCUCUGAUUUGGGGCAAAAAGAUGCAACCCAGGGUGUCUAUCUUUGGUUGGAGAAUGGUGCACGACAAGCUCCCUACAGAUGAUGCUAUUCAAAAGAAGGGCAUAGACCUUGCCUCUAAAUGCAGCUUAUGUGGAAUGGAGGCUGAGACAUCGACUCAUAUAUUCCUUCAAUGCUCCUACUCCGAAGAUAUAUGGCUCUUUUUUUGUGGGUGCUUCAAUGUGCCAUGGAAGAAAGCUGGAACCAUGUCCGAUUUCCUCAAAUGGUGGAGAAGAAAACAGAAAUUAGUUUGCUGCAAAGAGGCGUGGAUCAUGGAGUUACUAAUAGUGACUGAUCAUAUUUGGCGCGAAAGAAAUAGUAGAAGGCAUGAUGGCAAGGCAAGACCGGCAAGAUACCUGAAGCAGAUGAUUCUAGAGGAUAUUCAGUGCGCAAAGCCAAGCACCAAAGGUGAAGUUAAAACAACGACUGAUCUCAUUUGCUACAGGAAGCUUGGUAUUCCGAUUCAGUGUUCUCCACCUCAAUCGAUCUUAGAGGUUUUCUGGUGCAGACCCGAGGUAAAUUGGAUUAAAUUGAAUUUUGACGGAAGCUCAAGGGGGAACCUAGGUCACGCAGGUGUAGGCGGGAUUUUUCGUGAUCGCAGGGGAGGCGUUCUUGACUCCUAUAAAAUUUUUAUGGGAGUCUCGAAAGUCUUCGAAGCUGAAAUCGAAGGCCUUAUGGUGGGGCUGAUGCGUGCUUGGGAGCUGGGCAUUACAUGUCUGUGGGUAGAGACGGAUUCUAGUGCUGUUGCAAUCUCUAUCCAACAAAAGAAAAUUCCAUGGUUUGCUUUGCAGAGAUGGAUCUUCCUCCAGCCAUAUUUGGAGAGUAUCACAUGGAAAAUAACUCAUAACUUCAGAGAAGCGAACUCAAUUGCCGACUACCUGGCUAGAGAUGUGGCGAAGACAGGGAUAUCAGCCACAAAUAUCGAUUUUCCUACCCACAUUAAGGAUCUUAUCAGAAGAGAUGCCGAGGGCAGGCCAAACUAUAGAUUUGAUUAG